AUGCCUGCUGACAAACUAAAAAUUAGAAAUUCGGAGAGCAUUCCAAGGGCAACAACAGGCAAUACCUUAAAGCGUUACUACUGCAGUGUUGAAAACCGUCGAAGAAGUAAAUGUCGAAAAUGCUGUAAGAGAUGUUUACGUGGUUUCUUUUGCAUCCCAAUGUGGGUCUGGUGCUGCAAUUGGUGUGCAUCGUGUUGUACAAAGUGUGAAAUAUGCUGCAACAAUAAAUGUGUUGAUUAA